GCCGACAUUCCGCCAUAUUUGUUGUUUUUAAUGUUUGGUAGCACCGCUGCGCACGCCCAAUGUGACGUGUACGAGUGCUGACGUUAACGGCGCGGUCUCGCGCCGCGGGAGCCUUUGAUAUGCAUGCAGAGGAAGCCCCCCUCAAUCCCCCGCAAUCGGAUUUUUCCACUUUGGAGACAGGAUUCAGAAUUUUUUGUCUUCGCCUUCCGUCUUCGCCAACACCAUAUGCACGCGAAGUGAGUCCACUACUCAGUCAUUGCGUCUUUGUGUCGCAGAGUCGCCAUGUAAACUGCCCCUAAAUGAACUGUUAUUAAAUUGACCUCACAAGAAUGUCCUACUGUUAAACAGCAUUUUUCGGACUAUAGGUCGCACAAGCAAAAAAAUGCGCAAUGAAGAGGAAAAAACGUAUUAGUUGGAGUAUAAGUUGCAUUUUGGGGGGAAAUUUAUUUGAUGGAAUCCAACACCAAGAACAGACAUGUCAUGUUGAAAGGUUACAAUUUAAAGUGAAAAUAGCGAACAGCUGAACAACUGUACAGUACGCUAGCGGUAUAUGAUGCAUAAACAAUGAAUUGAGAACGAUAUGUUAACGUAACAUAGCUAUUAAGAGUCAGUCAGAUAACUAUGCAUAAAGAACAUGCUAACAAGUUUACCAAACCAUCAUUGUCACUCAAAAUCACUGAAUCCAAUGAACUGCCAAUAUUGAAAAACAGGCCUUGAGCGCCCUCUUGCUGUGUAGUGUUAAAAUAACAAGUGAAAUGAUAAAAUACAGUUAUUCCCCGGGUUACGAAUGAGUUGCUACGCUGGCGACAACCCAAAUUUCCGUGCAAGUCGGAAUUAACCCUUUAACUACCCCUGAAUCUCAAAAUAUCUGUCCAAAAAGUGCAAAAAUCUUGUAUUUUGUUGAAUGAUGGAGGAUGCACUGCCCUCUGGUGGCAGCAUUGGAUCUGGCUUGACUGUCGCCUUGUAUGACUGAAGAGCAGACUCAGAUGUCUGACAUGGAUAAAGGAUAGCUGUGCUCUGGUUUUGCCCACAUAAGGCUGUAAGUUGUUUCAGCUAAUACAUGUUUGUGUAUGCAUUUGUAGUUAAGUUUAGAGAUAAAGUUUGUGGAGUUACGUGUUAGUGAUUUGCUAUCAGAAUUGUAAAUGCGUUAGCAUUGUGGCAUUUAAGCUAGCAGACUUUUGUUAGGCAAAUUAGGUUAAUUUAAGUUAUUAAAUUCACAUAUUGAUCAGACUAGAUGAACGUUUGAGCACCAAUUGUUUUUUCGUCAAGUGUUUUAUUGUUAAAAUGCGUGUCAUUUUCAACAUAAGUCUACAAAUGUAUGUUAACAGCUUUACACAUUGUCAAAAUUGAAGGAAGUAAAAAGCUUCAAAGAGCACAAUUGCCUUGUUUACGGUCUGUAAAGCUGAACAACUUAAUGUUUAGAGAAGGCAGAACACAUCAUCUUAAUGAAGUAAAAAAAUAAGAUGCUGUGAGUUAUAGUAAGGUACUGUUUAUGCGAUAAAAAUAAUAAAACAAACAAACAACUGGAGACAAAAUGGCGCAAGGGACUCCGGCGUCGUAAAUUCGAAAUCGUGUAAGUGGAGUACGACUAUUUAUAAUGUCUCAGUAUUUUCACAAAUAUGUCGCUCCAGAGUAUAAGUUGCACCCCUGGCCAAAUUAUGAAAAAAGCCCACGACUUAUAGUCAAGAAAAUACGGUAAUUGCUUUCACAUUUUUUUCAUAAAUGAACUAAUUGGCUGCCAUCGACAGGGAUAGACGUCCAAUCCAUUUUGGCUCGGAUACAAACUCAGCCUUGAUUUUACGGAGGGCAAGGCAAGGUGGAGGUGAACUCAAAAAUACUUAAAUAUAACAAAAACAGAGUAAAAACAAAAAAAAACACAAAAAACAAAAGAGGGGAUUGUAAUUUACAAGAGCAAGGAUCAACACAAGGGCUUGGACGCAGAAUAGACACUCUGAAAGACACUGGGAUAGACAUUGACCGAACAGGAACAGACAGCACAUGGGGAACUUAAAUACAGACAUUGGGUAACGAGACAAUGAGACACAGGUGGUUGAUACAAGAGGCAGCAGAUUGGUCAAGACACAAGGAGCAGGCUACAACAGGUGAAAUCAAUGGGUAAUCACAUGGACAAGAAACACUAUAGGGCAAAAUCCUAACAAAACUCAACUCAAGGCAUGACAGUUUUCAUUUGCUCAUGAGUCGCUGUCUAUCAGACAGCAUUCAUCCAGAGAACCCCACUAGACACGUGAAAAAAACGAUGGAAUAAAACCCCAGAGUCACAUUUUUUUUUUUACACAAUCAACUCGUGAGGCUGAUACGAGUGCCUACCCCUGCUGAGUGAAGCCCCAAACGCAAUUCAGUCCAAUCCAAGCGGCCUACAGUGGGACCAUGCAUCUGUCCAGCACGUUAACCCAGUCCAGGAGGCUGAUCCCUGGGUUCCGCCUCAGGACCUCCCCCCUGUGUCUCCUUCUGCAUCUCAUCAUCCUGCUAAUUAAAGUGAACAAUCUUUCUGCAGGACCAGCUGCUCCAAAGUUCACCAAGACUCCCACAGACCAGAUUGGUGUAUCAGGGGGCGUGGCAUCAUUUGUGUGCCAAGCUAGCGGAAAUCCCAAGCCGGUCGUCUACUGGAACAAGAAGGGCAAGAAAGUCAACUCUCAGCGUAUCGAGACCAUCGAGUUUGACGACGGUGCGGGCGCCGUGCUGAGGAUUCAACCUCUCAGAGCUCCUCGAGAUGAAAACAUCUACGAGUGCGUGGCACGUAACAGCGAGGGAGAGCUGUCAGUCACUGCGAAGCUGGCUAUCAUCAGAGAGGACCUGCUGCCAUUUGGCUUCCCCAGUAUCGAUAUGGGUCCUCAGCUGAAGGUGGUGGAGCGUACAAGAACAGCAACCAUGUUGUGUGCCGCGAGUGGAAUCCCAGACCCGGAGAUCUCCUGGUUUAAAGACUUCCUGCCCGUUGAACCCAGCACUAGCCAAGGUCGCAUCAAACAGCUCCGAUCAGGAGCUUUACAGAUCGAGAACAGCGAGGAAACUGACCAAGGGAAGUAUGAGUGCGUGGCCACCAAUUCUCAAGGUGUACGCUACUCCUCGCCAGCCAACCUCUACGUGCGAGUGCGCCGCGUCCCCCCUCGUUUCUCCAUCCUCCCCUCCAACCACGAAAUCAUGCCGGGAGGGAGCGUCAACAUCACCUGCGUGGCGGUGGGCUCCCCCAUGCCCUACGUCAAAUGGAUGGUGGGGAGCGAGGACCUGACCCCUGAGGACGAGAUGCCGAUCGGUCGCAACGUGCUGGAGCUCACCGGCGUGCGGGAGUCGGCCAACUACACGUGCGUGGCCAUGAGUAGUCUCGGGAUCAUCGAGGCCACGGCUCAAGUCUUAGUCAAGACUUUGCCAAAGCCCCCUGGUACUCCCAUCGUCACAGAAACCACAGCCACCAGUGUGACCAUCACAUGGGACUCCGGUAACCCAGACCCGGUCUCCUACUACAUCAUCCAGUACCGAGCCAAAGGCCCUGACAGCAAGUACGAGACGGUGGACAGCAUCACCACCACUCGCUACAGCAUCGGUGGGCUGUACCCCAACACCGAGUACGAGAUCCGCGUGUCGGCAUUCAACAGCAUCGGUCAGGGCCCCCCCUCGGUGCGAGUGGAGGCCCGGACGGGAGAGCAGGCCCCGGCCAGCCCACCCCGAAAUGUCCAGGCCCAUAUUAUUUCACAGAACACAGUGAUGGUCCGUUGGGAGGAACCGGAAGAGCCGAAUGGGCAGGUGAAGGGCUAUCGCGUGUACUACACCAUGGACCCGUCCCGGCCCAUGAAUGAAUGGAAAAUCCAUAACGUCCAGGACAGUGUGAUCACAACAAUACAGAGCCUGGUGACGUCCGAGACAUACACUCUCCAAGUCCUUGCCUUCACCUCAGUGGGAGACGGGCCCUUCUCUGACCCGGUGCACGUUAAAGUCAUGCCAGGAGUUCCAGGACAACCAGGGAAGUUUAAAAUCGGAAGGGUGACAGACACCAGCAUUGAGCUUACUUGGGAGCCUGCAUACACCAAGGAAGGCAUCAUCAACUACGAGCUCCUUUACAAACCUGUCAAGUAUGGCAGUUUGGAGAAGUUAACCUUUGGCCCACGGAAUUCCUACACGGUUGAGGGUCUGAAAGCCAACACGGAAUAUUCCUUCUCCCUGGCAGCCAUCUCAAACAAAGGCAUCGGCGCUUUCACCAACGAACUGGUGCAGAGGACAUCGCAAGCCAACGUUCCAAGGAAUUUUUCUGUCAAUCUGGCCACGAGAACCAGUGUUCUUCUGACGUGGGAGUUCCCAGAGAGCAGCAACCCGUAUCGCUUCAGUGUGGAAUAUAAUCGACAAAAGAUGGAGGUGGAUGCUCGCUUGAAGAAAGCAGUCAUCCCAAACCUCCAGCCUGACACCAGCUACGACUUCAAGAUCACGGCUCCCGAGGGCAAUAUGGGAGGCCUUCGCCACCGUAUCACCGCCAAAACAUCUCCGCCUAUAACCAUACGCCGCCCUGAGAUUGAUCACACCCGGGACACGGAGACUACAGUCACUAUAAUUCUGCCGUCACUGGAGUCUCGAACGCCUGUCAAGAACAUUUACGUUGUUGUGGUUCCACUGAGGAAAGCCCGAGGCGUCAUCAGACACCUUAAGAGUCCAGACGAAAUGGACUUGGAAGAGCUGUUAAAAGACAUCAGUCAAAAGCAGAGAGACUCUCGCCAGCAGAAGCAGGUGGAUCUGCGUCGCGCUUACAUCACGGCCCGCUUCACACCUGCCACCCUACCAGCCUUCUUCACCUUGGGGGACCAGCUGGACUAUGGAGGCUUUGAGAACCGUGCGUUGGAGCCCGGGCAGGAAUAUGUCUUCUUCAUCCUGGCUGAACUCAACUCAACAACCGGGAAGAUGUACGUGGCUAGCCCUUACACAGAUCCAGUGAUCGCCCCAGAUUCAGACCCCCAGCCCCUGGAUGCAGGGGAUGGUCUCAUCUGGGUAGUGGGACCGGUGCUCGCCGUGGUUUUCAUUAUCUGCAUCGUCAUCGCUAUUCUACUCUACAAGAACAAACCUGACAGCAAGCGCAAGGAGUCUGAGCCAGGAAGCAAGAGUCUUCUGAGUAAUGCCGAGAUGAUGGCCCAUCACCCCACAGACCCAGUGGAGAUGAGAAGAAUUAACUUCCAGACUCCAGGAAUGAUGAGCCAUCCUCCCAUUCCCAUCAGCGAGCUGGCUGAGCAUAUUGAGCUGAUGAAGGCUAACGACAAUCUACGACUUUCCCAGGAAUACGAGUCCAUUGACCCUGGGCAGCAAUUCACCUGGGAGCAUUCCAACCUAGAGGUCAACAAGCCCAAAAACCGCUAUGCUAACGUGAUAGCGUACGAUCACACCAGAGUCAUUCUGGCUCCCAUAGAAGGUGUCCUGGGAAGCGACUACAUCAACGCCAAUUACAUUGACGGCUACAGAAAGCAGAAUGCUUACAUCGCCACCCAGGGACCACUGGCGGAGACGUUUGGUGACUUCUGGAGAAUGGUGUGGGAGCAGCGGGCGGCCUCUGUUGUCAUGAUGACACGCUUAGAAGAGAAAUCCCGGAUUAAGUGUGACCAAUACUGGCCAAAUCGGGGCACAGACACAUACGGAACAAUCCAGGUAACCCUGCUGGACACAAUGGAACUGGCCACAUUCUGCGUCCGCACCUUCUCCCUCCAUAAGAGCGGCAGCAGUGAACGAAGAGAAGUGCGUCAGUUCCAGUUCACCGCCUGGCCAGAUCAUGGCGUUCCGGAGUACCCAACCCCGUUCCUCAACUUCCUGCGCAGGGUUAAGACCUGCAACCCUCCGGAUGCCGGUCCCAUUAUCGCCCACUGCAGCGCCGGCGUCGGCCGCACCGGCUGCUUCAUCGUCAUCGACGCCAUGCUGGAGCGCAUCCGACACGAGCGCACCGCCGACAUCUACGGCCACGUCACCCUGAUGCGCUCGCAGAGGAACUACAUGGUGCAAACGGAGGACCAGUACAGCUUCAUCCACGAGGCGCUGCUAGAGGCAGUGGCCUGCGGGAACACGGAGGUGGCGGCCAGGAGUCUGUACUCGUACAUGCAGAAGCUGGCCAAGGUGGAAAGCGGCGAACACGUCACAGGCAUGGAGCUGGAGUUUAAGCGACUGGCAAACACCAAAGCCCACACGUCCCGCUUCGUCACAGCCAACCUCCCUUGCAACAAAUUCAAGAACCGGCUCGUCAACAUCAUGCCCUACGAGACAACCCGUGUGUGUCUCCAGCCAAUCAGAGGCCUGGAGGGUUCCGACUAUAUAAACGCCAGCUACAUCGACGGUUACAGGCAACAGAAAGGCUACAUCGCCACCCAGGGUCCGCUGGCAGAGACCACAGAGGACUUUUGGCGGAUGCUGUGGGAGCACAAUUCAACUAUUGUGGUCAUGCUCACUAAACUGAGAGAGAUGGGCAGGGAGAAGUGUCACCAGUACUGGCCCGCUGAGCGCUCCGCCAGGUACCAGUACUUUGUGGUGGACCCCAUGGCCGAGUACAACAUGCCCCAGUACAUCCUUCGGGAAUUCAAAGUAACAGACGCCAGGGACGGCCAAUCGCGAACAGUCCGUCAGUUCCAGUUCACUGACUGGCCUGAGCAAGGUGUGCCCAAAUCUGGUGAGGGCUUCAUCGAUUUCAUUGGUCAAGUUCACAAAACUAAAGAGCAGUUUGGCCAGGAUGGACCAAUCAGUGUUCACUGCAGUGCUGGCGUUGGUCGGACAGGGGUCUUCAUCACUCUGAGCAUUGUGCUAGAGAGGAUGCGCUAUGAAGGAGCAGUGGACAUCUUCCAGACUGUCAAAAUGCUGCGGACACAGAGACCAGCCAUGGUGCAGACUGAGGAUGAAUACCAGUUCUGCUACCAGGCCGCUCUGGAGUACUUGGGUAGCUUCGACCACUAUGCAACAUAAGCGAAGACACAAGCUGAAAGGAGGAGCGAAAGACAAAGAGGAAAAAUCUGCACCAACAAGGACAAAAUUCCCCCCCAACAAAUCUGUCUAACAACAACCGCGCUCUUUUCUGCCCGAGAGCUGCGCCAGACUCUCCAUGUGUAAUCCAUAUACUUACCUCAGUGUUCCAAGUGUGAAGGACGUAUAAUACAUAUGUGUCGUGGUCAGCUAUCUCCAAUACCAGUGAAAUACAGGAACAGGAAUUUAUGAGUCUCUCUGUGUAUAAAUGCUAAAAGAAACACACACAAAGAGCCUGGAUAUUUGCUGCACCCUUAAUGGGCUUUUUAUCCUCAACUUUGUAUCUAUCGGUUUGGUGUACUCAUGGGUAACAAGAGUGCAAAGGUCGACGUUUCUAUGUAUACGUGAGUUUCUUUCUAAGGCGUCUACUGGAUCGUAAUGACAGCAGAAGACAGGCUUCGACGGAGCGGACGUUACGAAUACCCGACGCACAGUGCCAACGCGAGCCAAGCAACCGUGGCCCAGGAAUUGGGAGACUCUGAAUAUUCCGGACAGGGCUGGCCGCCAUUAUCCAGCGCCUUUGACAAAGCUUGCUUGCCGUUCGCUUGUAGUGGUCCGUCAUAUUCCUCCUAUUCUUCACGCCAUGUUCAACUCAUCAGCUCCAACGGUGGCUUGUUGACGGAGAUGCUGUUGAAAAGACUUGACCUAUUUUGUUUCACGUUUCGUACGUGUGUGUGUUUACUUUUGAAUUAUCAUCAUUGCCUUAUGCUUUUUUUGUGGUUUUAACAUGCUGCUUCGCUCACACGCUACAGUUCUAUUGUCGUACACCAUCUUAAAGUGAGGAUGAAAGCCCCUCUGAAAUGAGUCUACUAGUCCAUCUCCAAAAAUUAGCAUAUUGUGAUAAAGUUCAUUUUUUCUGUAAUGUACUGAUAAACAUUAGACUUUCAUAUAUUUUAGAUUCAUUACACACAACUGAAGUAGUUCAAGCCUUUUCUUGUUUUAAUAUUGAUGAUUUUGGCAAAAAAGUCCAGAAAAACCAAAAAGCCCUAUCUCAAAAAAUUAGCAUAUCAUAAAAAGGUACUCUAAAGAAGCUACUAACCUAAUCAUCUGAAUCAACGAAUUAACUCUAAACCCCUGCAAAAGAUUCCUGAGGCUUUUAAAAACUCCCAGCCUGGUUCAUUACUCAAAACCGCAAUCAUGGGCAAGACUGCCGACCUGACUGUUGUCCAGAAAGCCAUCUUUGACACCCUCAAGCAAGAGGCUAAGACACAGAAAGAAAUUUCUGAGCGAAUAGGCUGUUCCCAGAGUGCUGUAUCAAGGCACUUCAGUGGGAAGGCAGAAACUCUGGACUGAGUCUGGAGUAGAAACAUCCAGAGCAACCGUGCACAGGCGUGUGCUGGAAAUGGGCUACAAGUGCCGCAUUCCCCAGGUCAAGCCACUUUUGAACCUGAAACAGCGGCAGUAGCGCCUGACCUGGGCUACCAAGAAGCAGCACUAGACUGUUGCUCAGUGGUCCAAAGUACUUUUUCAGAUGAAUUUUGCAUGUCAUUCGGAAAUCAAGGUGCCAGAGUUUGGAAGAAGACUGGGGAGAAGGAUAUGCCAAAAUGCCUGAAGUCCAAUGUCAAGUACCCACAGUCAGUGAUGGUCUGGGGAGCCAUGUCGGCUGCUGGUGUUGGUCUAAUGCAGCAUGUCCAAAGUCCGGCCCGGGGGCCAAAUGUGGCCUGUGGUCAAAUUUCUUCCGGCCCCAAGCCUCGGUCAUAAAAUCAAUAACAUCUGGCCCGCACACACUUAAUAAAUUGGUCAGCAAUACAGCUACCAGCAUAUGUAUGAAGUAGCUUACACACUAAAUGCUGCUCCUCAUUUACCCACUAAAAGGCAGCAGCACUCUAAGCAACAUUAACCCGCGUGACCCUUCCAAUUUCCUAAAAUAGCGACAAUCAACAAAAAAAGACUGCGACGGCCAACUAUUUCUUCACUAAAAUACGCAGCAACUGUGUCCGUCUCAUUUGCAAAGAGACAGUCGCUAUUUUUAAAGAGUUCAAAAUGUGAGGCGAUAUUACAAACGAGACAUGCUGACAUAUACGACCAGAUUACAGGGAAGAUACGCAGCGAGAAAUUGAAGCAACUUGAAGCUUGUUCAAUUUCACAGCAGCACUAUUUUGCAGGAGCCCGAGAGUCGAAUGAACACCACAAAGGCUAGUUGCGAGAUUGUUGAAAUUAUUAAUAAAAAAACAAUAA